UUGUUAAAAAUGGUUUGAUGGUCACGGGUCAUCGCCCAUAUUAUAAUGUAUUAGUUAAUUAUGGUUUGAUGGUGGCCAUAUUAUACUGUAUUUUGUUAAUAAUAGUUUGAUGCUUUGAAGGCUUGAAGUCAGUAUGACAAGUAUAAAAAUACUAUAAGACUAAGUAUGUCGAUGUAAAUCGUAGAAAGAAAGAAGAAGAAAAAAAAAGCAAUGGAUUCAACAACAGCCACCAUUGCAACUGAUCGUUUAACUCAACUAAAAUCUUUCGAGGAGACGAUGGGAGGCGUGAAGGGCCUUGUUGAUUCUGGAAUCUCAGAGGUUCCAGCUAUGUUCCGUACUGCGUCUCCGGUUCUUUUAGAAAGCCCAAAACCACCACUAGGAGAUUCACAGCUCACGAUCCCAACCAUCGAUUUGAAAGGAGGAGUGUACUUCAAGAAUCAAGAUUCAGACACGCGAAGAAGCUUGGUGGACAAGAUAGGAGAAGCAGCGGACAAAUGGGGUUUCUUCCAGGUGGUUAAUCACGGGAUCCCGCUCGACGUGCUGGAGAAGGUGAACGAAGGGGUUCGCGGGUUUCACGAGCAAGACGCUGAAUUAAAGAAACGGUUCUACUCUCGCGAUCACACUAGAAAAAUGGUUUACUACAGUAACUAUGAUCUCUUCACCUCUCAGGCGGCGAGUUGGAGAGAUACCAUGUGUGCCUAUAUGGCCCCGGAUCCUCCCACAUCAGAGGACUUGCCUCCAAUUUGUGGGAAGAUUAUGAUGGAGUACAAAAAAGAAGUAAUGAAAUUAGUGGAAUUGCUCUUUGAGCUUCUAUCAGAGGCUUUGGGCUUAAACCCUAAACACCUCAAAGACAUGGAUUGCAGCAAGUCUUUGGUCAUGUUUGGCCAUUAUUACCCACCUUGCCCUCAGCCUGAUCUUACUCUAGGCUUAGUCAAGCACACCGAUUUUUCUUUUCUCUCCAUUGUUCUUCAGGGGAAUGUCGGAGGGCUUCAAGUUUUCCAUGAUGACCAAUAUUGGCUCGAUGUCCCUCGCGUCCCUGGGGCUCUCGUCGUCAACGUCGGAGAUCUUCUUCAGCUUAUAAGCAAUGACAAAUUCAGAAGCGUGGAGCACAGGGUAAUAGCAAAUGGAGCAGCUGAACCGCGGAUUUCAGUGGCAUGUUUGUUCAGCAUUGUCAUGAAGGAAGAUCCUCGAGUAUAUGGACCCAUCAAAGAGCUUAUUACAGAACAAAACCCUCCCAAGUAUAGGGACACCACCAUCGUCGAGUUGUCAAGCAUGUACGGGUCUAAAGGGGUCAAUACCUCUGCCUUACACCCUUUCAAGAUCUGAGCAAACUGACCGAAACAAAUAUAUAUCUUUUUUGUAUCAAUAACGAGUGUCUGCCUCACUCCAUGUCAAGAUCUGAGACAUUAUUAAUUUGGCCAAAAUAAAAAAGCCUUCAUAUGUCACGGACUCUUCUCCUAUAUCCUUUCUAUCUUUAGUAAUAAUUAAUGCCGGUCUGUUGUUUAAACCCGGUUUAAUGUUUACCUUGGUUUAAUUUCUGAACUCUAUCUAUGUAAGGGCGGGCACUUAGCCUCA